AUGUCAAACUCAACCACCAUUGCCGCCACUCCGAGGAACCUGUACCACUAUGAGCCGAACUUAAAUGCUGCUCUGGCUGCCGCCGCAUUAUUCGGGUUGAGUACAGUCAUCCAUCUUGUCAUGAUGAUAAAGAAGCGAACCUUCUUCUACACAGCGAUGACCGUCGGAGCUUUCAUGAUGACUGGAGGCUAUGCAGCUCGAAAUCUAUCCGCCAAAUCCCCCGACAAAAUCAUGCUCUACGUCGCGCAGAGCCUCCUCAUCCUCCUUCCGCCCUCUCUCGACGCCGCCACAAUAUACAUGAUAUACGGCAGGAUCGUGCUUUUCGUCAACGCACCAGAUGCUUCAGUGAUUCGACCAACCCGAGUGACGAAGAUAUUUGUGAUUGGAAACAUCCUUGCUUUCUUCAUUCAAUCGGCUGGCGGCGGCAUGAUGGCACAGGAGGGAAAGGCUGAACUAGGCAAGAACGUUCUGCUCAUUGGCUUAGGGUACAACUCAUCUUCUUCGGUUUCUUCCUCAUUAUCGCUGUAA